GCGGGAGGCGGCGCCGGGCCCGGCCGUUCCCCGGUACCGCGCGCGGGUCACGCCGGGCUCCUUGAACCAAGAUUACCCGGCCGGCGCCUCCGGCCGCUCCGCGCGGCUCCCCCCGGCCGCCCGCACCAUGACCCCUGCGCCGGCUUUGCGGAGCGGCCGCACUCGGCCCGUGACGGGGCCGCGGCUCUGCCCAGCGCUGCUGCGGGAGCCCCGCAGGGCCGCGGCCGGGCCAUGGCGCUGCUGCCCGCGCUGCUGCUGCUGCUCCUGCCCCUGGCGGCGCUGGCGGCGGCCGCGCUGCUGCUCGGCCUGCCCGGCUACGACAUCCCGCCCGGGGUGAACCAGCCGGCCAAGCUGCGCCUGGUGCUGACCGUGCUGCUCGGCACCGCCGCGCUGGGAAGGAUUUUGGAGAAGACUGGGCUGUGCAGCCAGAUCACUUUUGGCCGAUACGUGCGACAGGGACGGAAACUAGGGCUGGAUCCAAAGCUCUUUAUCCAGGAUCUGCAGUUUAACCAAGUACCUGUGAGGGUUUAUCAGCCUAAAGCUACCUCAGAUGGGCCAAGGAGAGGCAUCCUCUUCUUCCAUGGAGGAGGCUGGGUAUUCGGGAGCCUUGAUACCUAUGAAAAGGUGUGUCGCUACCUCUCCAGGGAGAGUGACUCAGUAGUUGUGUCUGUGCAGUACCGUCUGGCCCCUGAGCACAAAUACCCCGCUGCGUACCAAGACUGUCUGAGCGCCACCCUGCACUUCCUGCAGCACCUGCAGCACUAUGGCGUGGAUCCUGCCCGGGUCACUGUCUGUGGGGACAGUGCUGGGGGCAACCUGGCAGCUGCUGUCAGCCAGAGCCUGGCAGGCAGCUCAGAGCUGCCCAGACUGCGUGCUCAGAUCCUCAUCUACCCAGGCCUUCAGGCACUGGACUUCAAUUUGCCAUCCUACCAACAAAACCGGGGAGUCCCUCUGCUCUUCCGGGAGCGUGCUGCUUUCUUUGCUUUGCUGUACCUCAAUGGACAUGCACUGCACAUGAAAGAGGUCUUGGAGGGCUCUCAUAUUCCUCCUGACAUGAGGCUGAAGUAUAGCAAGUGGGUGAGUCCAGACAACAUCCCCGAGGAAUUUAAGGUCAGAGGUGUGAAGCCACUUAGGCCCACUGAUUUUAUAGCUGAAGUUUAUGAGACAGUGAAGAGAUUCUGUGAGCCCAACCUGUGCCCACUGCUGGCUGAAGACUCUGUCGUCCACCAGCUGCCAGAAUCUUUCAUCCUGACCUGUGAGUACGACGUGCUGCGGGACGAUGGCUUGUUGUACAAGAAGAGGCUGGAGGACAACGGGGUUCCAGUGACCUGGUACCACCUCAAGGAUGGAUUCCAUGGAAUCAUAAGCCUGUAUGAUUAUUGUGGCUUCUCAUUUCCAUCUGGGAAAAGGGGAUUGGACAGGGUUGUUAACUUCCUAAAAAGCUUAUAGUAAACAUCUUAGAUUCCAUGAGUCUGUUCAUGCCUCAACCUAGGAAAAUAUCUUUUCAGGAUAUUUAAUAUCAGGUUAUGGUUAGUGAAUCAGGGGCAGCCAUUAACAGUGAUAAACAAGGCUCAUCAGAACCUCAUUCCAGCUGUUAGUUGGAACAUGGAAUAUGCAAACCUUAUACAAGCUUGUACCAUGCUGCAAGCCCUUAUUUUAGCUCUGUUAGUGAAGAACAGUUCUUUGAAUGGACAUCCUGGUUUGUUCCAGUUGCUUAAAAUAAAAUAUAUCUGUAUGAAGAGAAACUGUGUGUUAGCAGGUGUGUGUGGUGUGAGAAUAAAACCCAGCUGAUGUUAGUGCAUUAUGAGCCACUGACAAUAAAACAAUAAAUAUGAUGACAGUAAGUAAAUAUGGUGCAGUGUC